AUGACGGGUACAAUUAAACGAGCUCCAUGCGAUUUGCUUCUAAAUGGUCGGCGACACUCCUCAAUCACCGAUCGCCGCAGUUCGAGCGAUGGAAUCGCUUCACCGUCUGGACGGAGCGGUGGUACCGCCGAUAGUGACAGCGAUGAAGAGCAAUUCCCUCCACCGCCACCAACUGUGGUUGCAACCCUUUCGCAAGUCGCCGAUGAUUAUCGAGAUGAGAGGUAUUCCAGUCAAAGUAGCACACCAACAGCAACGCCAACCCCACGCGCCGUCUUUUCACCCACAUUCCAGCAGCAACCAAGUACCAGUCAGCAACCUCCGCAAUAUGCAAAUGUACCUAAAUCAGCGUAUACCAAUGGUAUUUAUGCACCACAACUGAAAGCAACUCCUGCACCAGCACCACCGUCAAAAGUUCAUUUUGCGUUGCAAAAUCGUCAGAUGUUUGCCACUGAGAACGGUACAGCGACACCACCACCACUACAACCAACAACAACAACAACACCGGAUUACUGGCGUCCUCAUCAACAACAGCAGCUACAACAAGCAGCACUGGCACCUGUUCCCAAAAAAGUGCCACCUCCACCGCCACCAAAACGCUCGGACACAACCAGACUGCAAACAGCCAGUGUUGAAGCUUUACACUCGGAACUUGAAGCAGUGAUGGCAAGAAGGCUACAGAAAAUUGGGCAGCUCUGA